GAUGUAAUCUGACAAGCAAAAUCUAGAUCUGUACGACAACCGUCACAUUUUCUUUAAACUGAAUCAAUUUGAGUCAUACAACACUCUUUCUUUUCUUUUUCUCAUACGCUCACCAUGGACGCCUUGACAGCACUUAACCAGGAAAAGAAGCCGCUUAUCCCAAAACUUGCUCAAGACCUCAUUGCUGGCACAAUUGGUGGUUGGGCUCAAGUUGUUGUUGGUCACCCUGCUGACACUAUCAAAGUGCGUAUGCAAACACAACCUUCCCCACCUAUCUAUAAUGGUGCCAUGGAUUGUCUUCGAAAACUUGUGAAAGAAGAAGGUCCUAAAGGUCUUUACAGAGGAGUCAUGUCCCCUUUCGCUGGUGUUGGUUUUUGUAAUGCCGUUAUGUUUAUGGCAAAUGGUUGGUCAAGGCGUAUGUUACAAGGUGCUGAUGAAAAGAAGAGCUUGACUGUUGUUGAAUAUGGUAUUGCUGGUUCUUUUGCUGGUUCUGUCAUGGCUUUCCUUAACUGUCCAAUUGAGUUACUCAAGGUUAAAUUGCAGACACAAGAUCCUAAUGGUUUCAUUAAUGCUCAAGGAAAGCAUGAACCUGCUUAUAAGGGUGUCAUUGAUUGUGGUGUCCGUACAGUCCGUGCUCAGGGCUUAUUGGGUAUUUACCGUGGUAUGGGCAUCACUUUGUUGAGAGAUACACCCAGUUAUUUUGCUUAUUUCGUUGGUUAUGAAGGAUUAAAGAAAUUAUUCCAAUCCAUGAAGGCAGAUGGUGAAUUGGGCACAUUUGAAUUAUUAAUGGCUGGUGGCUUUUCUGGUUUUGCUGCUUGGAUUCCUGCUUAUCCUCAAGAUGUGAUCAAGAGUAACUUUCAAAACGACCUUCGUUACAAAUCCAUUGGACAAGUGGUUAAGACACUCUACAAGACUUCUGGACCCAAGGCUUUUAUUAAUGGUAUUGGUCCUACACUUGUCAGAGCUUUCCCUGCUAAUGCUGCUACUUUCUUUGCAUACGAAAUGGCCAUGGGUUUCAUGAAGACUUAUUAAAAUUAAGGUUUUAAUACCAAUGAAUAGACUGAAUAAAAAAAAUCAUAUUCUUACAUCACAAAGCAG